AUGCUCCAAAACGCCAUCGUCCCAUUCUUCCGUCACCGUCGCCGCAGUCACACUUUUCAGCAAGACAAUGCCAGUAUUCAUAAAAGCAUUUCGACACAAAACUGGCUCGCUGCGAAAGGAAUCAAGGAUCUGCAAUGGCCGGCGUGUAGCCCAGACCUCAAUCCAGUUGAGAACGUUUGGGGAUUGUUGGUUCGUCGUGUCUACCGCCAUGGCAAACAGUAUGCCAGUGUCCAGGAUCUGAAAGAUGCCCUUCUUAUCGAGUGGAAUUUGGUCACAGCCGCGGAAUUGAAGAAUCUGGUAUCGAGUAUGCCAAAUCGACUUUUCCAAGUCAUUCAGAAGAACGGAGGCGAGACCAGUUAUUAA